GAUUGAGACACAUGCUUUUUAAGUACAGGAACUAUAGUAAAACAUACACACACAAGAGGAUUUGGCUGCACUACAGAGAUUGUGUUGUCAACAAUUGUAACGCGGUCAAACUUGUACGAAAGUCAUCUAGUCAAAGCCUAGUCGUGGCUGUAUCAUGUGCUAAGGCUCCUGCACCGUGGAACCCAUCUAUGGGGAUACGUCCGGGAACGUGUGACCACUACGAGUGUCCCACCUACAAUUUGGCCGAGGCUGGCUACGGCUAUGAGAUCCGCGUGUAUGACUCUGCGGUCUGGAUGUCCACUGCUCCCAUCCCUGCCCCAUCCAUGACUCAAGCCACCAAAACCGGUUUCCAAAGAUUAUUUAGUUACAUACAAGAAGAUAACAAGAGCAAGACAAAGAUGAAUAUGACAGCUCCGGUGAUCACACAAGCAACACCGGGAAAAUCAGUACUCUACAUGUACACCGUCUCUUUCUACCUCCCGAAGAAGAACCAACAGAAUCCACCUCUUGCCGAUGACCUCCACGUGCAGCCAUGGAAACCAACUCACGUAGCCGUGAGGCAGUUUGGUGGGUACGUGACGGACGAUGCAGCCAAGAAAGAAGCUGCAGCUCUGAUGGCUAGCCUCAAGGGUACUGAGUGGAGUGUGUCCAUCGAGAAGAGCAAAGGAAAGUCGCCGGAUUAUUUGGUAGCCGAUUACAACCCGCCGUUCCAGACCACGGAUAGAGUUAAUGAGAUUCUGGUUCCUUUUAACAUGUAAUGAGGUUAUACGCCCUCACAAUCCGAUUGUUAAGACUUAGCAAUUGGAAUUACGAGAGGUGGUUUAGAAGCGAGAGGACUUUAACAGCUUCUUUAUUAAACCGGUUCAAUAAAAAAAAUUCAUGGUUAAUAUUUUCAUAUUUAUCUUCUUCUGGUUAACAACAAUAGUAGAUUAUUCGUAGUAAGGAUAGGAAAGGAAACAAAAACAGAACCGCUUUCCAACUCAAGAUCUCUCACAAGGUGUUAAACCAGUAAACCGGAAAAGAAAACAAAAGAAAAAGGCAAGAUUUGCAGAUCUUGAAGCGAUUCUACAUCUUUUGGUUGAAGUAAACUGAG